GAUGAUUGUCGUUGUGAUGAUAAAUUAAAUAUUGGUCACGAAAUAUUUGUUGUUGAUGAUGAUGAUGAUGAUGAUGAAAUUGAAAAAAAGCCAUUAUCACCAUCGAAUAACAAUCAAUAUUGUUGGUCAAAUAUUUCCGAUUUUGUUUAUAGACAUGCAAUUCGUUUGGAACAUAUUGAAAAUCCAUUGAUUGAUUCAUCAUCAUCGUUAAACAUUGAUCCAAAUAACAUUAAUAACCAAGAAUUAUUUCAACUAAAUCGAUUGGAACAGAAAAAAUUAGAAGAAAUUAAUUAUCAUUUACAUACAUUAUAUGAUUUUGGUCACCAUCCAAAUUUUCAUCCUGAACAUGAAAAAAUUAUACGUGAUCGACAAGAUGGUUUAAAAUAUUUGGAAAUGAGUAUGAAAAAAUUAAUUAUAACGGUAAAAAAUGUACCAUCAUUUAGACAAUUAUGUCAAGAAGAUCAAAUUCAAUUAUUGAAAAAUAGUGCCAUCGAAAUUAAAUGGAUAAUUAAUUUAAGAUUUUUUGAUGAAUCACGUAAAUCUUGUUUAUUACCGAAUCCAAAUCUUGAAGAACGUAAUUCAUUUAUUGUUUUCGAUAAUGAUUAUUUACAACAAACAUAUGGUAAUGAAAUUAUUGGUCGUUUAAAAAAUUUUUUCAAUUCAUUUCGUUAUGAUUGGCGUAAUGAUGAUUCAAUUCUUAAUCUGUUAUCAAUGAUGAUUUUAUUCUACCCGGAACGUUCAAAUCUAAUUAAUCGUCAUUAUAUACAACAACAAUUUCAAACAUUUAGUCAUUUAUUACGUAAAUAUUUACAGGUAAAAUAUUCAUCAAUUUGUGAAGGACGUUCAAUUUAUUUAAAAUUAUUAACCGGUAUACAAGAAAUUCGUUAUCUAAAUGAACAAUGUUUAGAAUUUAUAUUAAAAAUGGAUAUGAAAUUUGUUGGUCCAUUAACAAUGGAAUUAUAUGAAUUAAAAUUGAAAAAAAAGAAAUUAUUAAAUUCUUAAUUGCCAAAAAAUGUUGA